AUGGAUUCAGAGAAAGAGAUCCCAGAGAGCACGCUAACGUUGCCGAUAUCGCGUAUCAAAAAAAUCAUUAAGAUGGACAGUGAUCAUGUCAGUUGCUCAGACAGUGCAACCUAUUUGCUAGGGGUCUCUACAGAGCUGUUUGUCAAAUCGUUCGUUGAAGUUGCAAGUGGUAAUGCUAAGAUUGAAAACAGAAAAAAGAUCACAUAUCAGGAUUUCAGCAAAGUCGUCAGGACGUUUGACAACCUUGCGUUUUUGAACGAUACCGUGCCUCCGACAAUCAAAGUUAGAGAUCUAAUAGAGACAGAGACUGCUAAAGCCAACCAGGCUUAG